AGCCGGAAGGCCCUCGCAGCCUAUGCUCUGCUCCUGGACGCGCCCCCAAAUAAAGUUUUUUGAGUUCAAAAGCAAGCGCUUAAAAAAAAAAAAAAACUAAAAAAACUCCAACGCUUCCUUUCUGGAACCGCGGCCGUUGAACCCGGGGUGACGCCAGUGAGUGGCGUGUGGCGCCGGCGUGAUGGCCGAGUCCCCGGCGUUUCUCUCCGCUCAGGACGAGGGGUCCUUUGCAUAUCUUACGAUUAAGGACAGAAUACCGCAGAUCUUAACCAAGGUUAUUGAUACAUUGCAUCGACAUAAAAGUGAAUUUUUUGAAAAACAUGGAGAGGAAGGCGUCGAAGCUGAAAAGAAAGCCAUCUCUCUUCUCUCGAAGCUGCGGAACGAGCUGCAGACAGACAAGCCAAUCGUCCCCUUGGUGGACAACUAUGUGGACGCCGACGCGUGGAAUCAGUACCUGGAGUAUCAGCGGAGCCUUCUGAACGAGGGCGACGGGGAGCCACGCUGGUUCUUCUCGCCCUGGCUGUUCGUAGAGUGCUACAUGUACCGGAGAAUUCACGAAGCCAUCAUCCAGAGCCCGCCAAUCCAUGACUUCGACGUGUUUAAGGAAAGCAAAGAGGAGAACUUCUUUGAGUCGCAGGACUCCAUCGAUGCUCUGUGUGCGCACUUGCUGCAGCUGAAGCCCGUCAAAGACCUCGGGGAGAACCAGAUCCAGGACGAGUUCUUCAAACUCCUGCAGAUUUCCCUCUGGGGGAAUAAAUGUGAUCUGUCUCUCUCAGGUGGAGAAAGUAGUUCUCAGAAGGCCAAUGUAAUAAAUUGUUUGCAGGACCUAAAGCCGUUCAUUUUGAUAAACGACACAGAAUCUGUCUGGGCAUUGCUCAGUAAGUUAAAGAAAACAGUAGAAAGACCCGUAGUUAGAGUAGACAUUGUUCUGGAUAAUUCUGGGUUUGAACUGAUUACAGAUUUAAUAUUUGCGGACUUUUUGUUAUCCUCUGAGUUAGCUACUGAGAUUCAUCUUCACGGGAAAACUAUCCCGUGGUUCGUGUCUGACGUCACUGUGCACGACUUUAAUUGGGUGGUGGAGCGGAUGAAGAGCAGCGAUCUGGAGUCCAUGUCCACCUGCGGGGCCAACUGGGAGACCUACGUUGGCAUGCGGAGGUGGGUUUACCACGACCAUGCGUUUUGGACUCUGCCUCAUCCAUUCUGUGUGAUGCCCCAGGUCGCCCCUGACUUAUACGCUGAACUGCAGAAGGCAUGUCUUGUUUUAUUCAAGGGAGAUUUGAAUUAUAGGAAGCUGAUGGGUGACAGAAAGUGGAAGUUCACCGUUCCAUUCCAUCAGGCUCUGAGUGGCUUCCACCCUGCCCCUCUCUGCAGCAUAAGAACAUUAAAGUGCGAGCUUCAGGUUGGUCUGCAGCCUGGGCAGGCCGAGCAGCUCACGGCCUCUGAUCCCCACUGGCUGACCACGGGCAAGUAUGGAGUCUUUCAGUUUGACGGGCCACUCUGACUCCACUCAGGAAUUCCUGGCUGCAGAGAGCAUGGAAAAGCUCCCUUCAGCCUCAGAAAAGCAGUGCAUGGAAUCAGGCCUGGCGUCCCGGCACAGGAAGCCCCUGUGCUGUCCUGCUACUGUGGAUGAGGCGUCCUUGGAAUGUUCCCCCACUGCACUGUUUGGGGUUUUAAGCCAGUUACACUUCUGUUGGAAUGUUAGUCACUAUUCCAAGUUAAAUGUAAAACUUUCAAGUGGUUUUUAUGAACUAAUUUUUCAUUUCAAAGAAUGCAAAAAAUAUAAGUGAAUUUUGCUGCUUUAAAAAUUAAUUGAAAGGUUAGUUAAUUCUGUUUUCUUAAACCGAGUGAUUAUUUAAUGUCAAGGAAACUUAAAUAUUAUUUAACUUAGUUUUGGCUCUUGAAUUAGUGGCCCAGUGAACACAUGCCUUGUAAGAGCUUUCCCGGGAGGCAUGCGCACGAUGCUUGGACACAGACAGAAUUACCUCAGACGUGAACUACAGCCUGCUCUCCUGCACGAUUAAGUUUUCAAAGCCCAUUUUCUUGUAUAGAUUUGUAUUUUGAUUGGCCUGUGGAAUGGGUCAAAGCACAAACUGAACAUCAUAAACAUAAACAGACAGAGAUUGUCGAAGUAUGAGUGCAGUUGUGUUUCCCUUGUCCCUACGAUUGCCACGCUGACGUCACCACCACAGGGACGUCCAGAUGAACACAGUGUCAGAUUGCAGCAGAAGACUGUUCAGCGGAUAUGACUGUUAGGCAUUGUUUUAGAUACUGCCAGGCUGAGCUCAGUCUUUAUAUAGCACGUUGUGUAGUUCCUCACUUCAGACAUCUCCAUAGUCUGUAAAUUCAUGUUGCUUUGUUUCAAAACAAAUUGGAAAUAAAGUUGGAAAUGCUUUCUUGUACUGGAAUAAUAAAAUGAAUUUUACAGAGAGA